CUUUAGAGUUCUUGUCAUCGCCGGGUUUGUGUCAGUUGGACUUUAGCAGCGAUCUAGAAAGAACGUGUCUCUCGCUCGUUCACGGAACUAGAAAAUUUUCAAACAAUUUACACUGACUUCACACACACUCACACACCCUCAUACAGAUAUAUAUAUAUAUACAUACAUAUAUAUAUAUAAAGUGUUGUAGUUCUAUAUAUAAUAGUGCAACAAGUUGAAAAAUUGGUUAUUAGUGUUCGAUUAAUUGGCGGAAAGAGUCUGUCCUGUUGUUGUGUGCCUUGCAAAAGUAUAAUAAGAGGAAGCAGGAGUUCGAGAAAAGACAACGAAGAAAUGGCGAAAAUAAUUUUAUUCUGUUUACUUAGCGUGUUAGCCUGUGCUUCAGCUCAACGCAUCACCACCAUACAUCUGGAUGGCGUACAAUACUUCAUUAGCCGCAUGAAUCCCUACUCACCCGAACUCAACUAUUUCCUUGCCUAUCAGUAUUGCCGUUCGUUGGGCUUGCAAUUGGCGUCGUUCGAAACGAAGGAGAAAGCCGAAUCAAUGACUACCUAUCUAAAGAAUGCCGGUUAUGGGAAUUAUGACUUCUGGACUUCCGGCAAUCGCUUGGGCACUGGCAUGUUCCUAUGGAUGAGCACUGGUCUGCCGUUUAAUGCCACAUUUGAUUUCUUCGAGAACUCGGCUGAUGCCAUACAAGCCGGUUUGCUCGAUCCGGUCGAUCACAAUAGCAACACUUCGCCACAACGGACGGCGCGUGACAGCAGUAGCGGCGCUGAGAAGGGUUGCGUCAUCUUGAAACAGCCCACAUUGAAAUGGACGCCCGAAGAUUGUUCGGCUGUGAAAGAUUUCAUUUGCGAACAGACCCGAUGCUAUUACUACAAUUACGGCAGUAUUCCAGUGUCAUCGGCGCAGGGGUAAGGAGAAUAGACUACUACUUGCCUACACACAAGAAUUCACAAAAACAAAAAUCAACAAUAAAAAAUUAAAAAAGCGUAUAAUAAAAUAAAUAAUUAAAAUAAAAUACAUUCAAUUGAUGAUAACGAACAGAGCGUAAUAUGAAAUAAAAUUUAAUUAAAUGAAAAAUACUUAAAUAAAAUGAAUUGUGGAAAUUAAGUAAAUGAGAGAGGCGAUGAGUAAAUCAAUGAACGAAACUAAAAGAGAGAGCGAGAUUACAAAGUUAUUCUUAAAAUACCGUUAAAGGAGUAAUUAAGCAAUAUUAAAUUUUAAAAACUUUAUUUUAACCUAAAAUCAAUAAAAUAAAAACUUUCUUCAAAAAAAAAAAAAUUAUAACAAACUUUUUAAUAAUUAAGCAAAAUCAUAAGAGAGCCGCGUGAAUUUAAGCAACUCUUUAUUAAUUAAUUUAAACUGCUUUAAAAUUGUAUGCUAAUUUUUUGUUAAGCUGAUAUAUACCAACUACAUAUAUAUAAACAUAAAUAUAUAUACCACAUAUAUAUUCACCAACACAAGCGCAUCAAUGAA